AUAUGUCGAGUCACGUGACUAACGAAAUAGCAUUUCCUUGGUCAGCUCUGCAGCCACGCUCAUUAUCAUUUACAUGAGACUUGUGGCUGAGUAUUACAAACGAAACUAACAAUGGGAGACGCACCAUACAGUUACGCGCCGCCCCAGGCAGCAGCACAGACAGGGUAUGCAGCCUAUGGCAGUUCUUCAGAAACAAGUGCAUAUGGACAGCAGGCUAGCUACGGCCAACAGAGUUACAGUGGGUACGAUCAGUCCUACUCCCAAUCGGCAGCCCCUGCACAAACCACCACCCCCCCAGACCGGAUAUGGACAACAGACACAAUCUGGAUAUGGACAGGCCGGUUACGGACAAGCUGCAUAUGGACAGCAGUCAGCACAACCCACAAGUCCAAGUGGAAGUUAUGGUCAAUACAGUCAGAGCAGCUAUGGUCAGUCAACUGAAAGCUCUGGGUACGGCCAGCAGACUUCACAGGCACCAUCAUCGUAUUCACAGUCGGGUUAUAGCCAGGGUGGUCAGUCUGGUUCAUCAAGCUACCAACCGUCCAGUGGUGGCUAUAGUAGUGGUCAGCAGAGCUAUAGCACGCAGCCAUCUGGAGGAUAUGGUGGCUCAUCAGGAGGGGGCUACGGAAGCCAGUCGUCAUCCAGUGGUGGCGGUGGUGGUGGCUAUGGCAGCCAGUCUGGAUACGGCGACCAGUCAUCUGGGGGAUACGGAGGUUCUGGAGGAAGAGAUGGUGGUAGCCGAGGAGGUGGAGGCUAUGGCGGCGGCAGUCGAGGAGGGUUCAACAAAGGUGGUUAUAGUAGUGGUGGAGGCGGCGGCGGUGGUGGUGGCAGAUAUGGAUCUGACCGUGAGAUGGAGACACAACACGAUACAAUCUUCGUGUCUGGCAUGGGAGAAGAUGUGGUCGAGGAAGCCUUGGUUCAACACUUCGGCAGCAUUGGUGUAAUCAAGACUGACAAGAGAACAGGAAAGCCUAAAGUAUGGAUCUACAAAGAUAAAGUGUCUGGCAAACCGAAAGGAGAGGCCACUGUAACAUUUGACGAUCCUUCUACAGCAAAGGCAGCCAUUGACUGGUUUGACAAGAAAGAUUUCAACGGGAAGACCAUCAGUGUUGAGUUAGCCCAGAGACCAGUUGGAAACUUUGGUCGUGGAGGACGAGGUGGCGGCGGCGGUGGUGGUGGUGGUCGUGGUGGAGGUGGCCGUGGAGGACCCCGAGGUGGUGGCAUGGGAGGAGGAGGCGGUGGUGGCGGCCGACAGGGUGACUGGGACUGCCCCAACAGUGACUGUGGCAACAACAACUUUGGCUGGAGACACAACUGCAACUUGUGUAACACUCCCAAACCUGAAGGCAUGGGUGGAGACGACGAUGAUGAUAGAGGUCGUGGACGUGGUCGCGGUGGUUUUGGCCGUGGCGGUCCAGGUGGACGAGGUGGUCCCCGGGGAGGCCCAAGAGGUGGUGGAUUUGGAGGUGGCCGAGGAGGAGGACCUGACCGGGGACGAGGUGGAUUCCGAGGUGGAAUGCGUGGUGGACCUGACAGGGGCCGAGGAGGUCGGGACGGAAGAAUGGACAGAGGAGACAGGGGUGACCGACGACCCAAGCCAUACUAGAACAGUUUACUCAUUUGCAGGCUAGAACAGCCAUCUUCACAGAAGAGCAUUUUAGCCAUCAUCUCAUUUUAAGUGUUCAUCAUCCAUCCUUUUACUCUUGACAGUUUAUUUGUCUUGCUUGAUCAUGAAAAACAUUUCAUUGUCCAUUGACUUUGUUGUAACAUGUAAUGUCAUUAAAUUUGUACAGUAAAAACUAUA